CAUUGGCUCCGAGGACAUAGGACCUGUUAGCUUGGUUGGGCGACUGGCAAAUCCUUCCUUCCCGUGGGUAGACGUCUGCGGUGAGAAAUUGGUUCCGAACUCAAAGGAACCCAGCGUGGGGCGACAGCUGGGUCACGUGGCCGGCGGUCCCUAUGACGUGCUGGCUGCGGAGCGUCACUGCGACAUUUGGGCGACCUGCCGAGUGGCCAGGCUACUUCCGUCACCUGUGUGGUCGCGGUGCUGCCAUGGACCUGGGACCCAUGCGCAAGAGUUACCGCGGGGACCGAGAGGCAUUUGAGGAGACUCAUCUGACCUCCCUGGACCCAGUGAAACAGUUUGCUGCCUGGUUUGAGGAUGCUGUUCAGUGUCCUGACAUAGGGGAGGCCAACGCCAUGUGUCUGGCUACCUGUACCAGAGAUGGAAAACCCUCUGCCCGCAUGUUGCUAUUGAAGGGCUUUGGCAAAGAUGGCUUCCGUUUCUUCACCAACUUCGAGAGCCGAAAAGGAAAAGAGCUGGACUCGAAUCCCUUUGCUUCCCUUGUCUUCUACUGGGAGCCACUUAACCGUCAGGUGCGUGUGGAAGGCCCUGUGAAGAAGCUGUCCGAGGAGGAGGCUGAGUGCUACUUCCACUCCCGCCCCAAAAGCAGCCAGAUUGGGGCUGUGGUCAGCCACCAGAGUUCUGUGAUCCCUGAUCGGGAGUAUCUGAGAAAAAAAAAUGAGGAACUGGAACAGCUCUACCAGGAUCAAGAGGUACCCAAGCCAAAAUCCUGGGGUGGCUAUGUCCUGUACCCCCAGGUGAUGGAGUUCUGGCAAGGUCAAACCAACCGCCUGCAUGACCGGAUAGUCUUUCGGCGGGGCCUACCCACAGGAGAUUCCCCUUUGGGGCCCAUGACCCACCGCGGGGAGGAAGACUGGCUCUAUGAGAGACUUGCACCUUGACUCUGGCCCAGAGUGGAGCUAGGGCUAGGUGUCAAGAGAGGGUGUGGGAUUGGGACCCAGGCCCUUCUUUCUAACCUCAGCCCAUUUCCCUCCCAACCCCUUAUAUUCAGGACCCUUCAGAGCUCAUCCUCCAAGUUCUCUGUACUCAAUUGGUUCUCAGUUAGCUGGUCAAGCUGAGUGUAAUGGUGGCGUAGAGAAUCACAAAUGGAAAAUAAUUCCAUAAUUAUUUUUUUUUAGCAUGCCUGUGAUUGAUUAGGAUAGCUCCCUCUAGGGGUAGCAGCCAGUGUGACUCCCUUUCUGGUGACAUCUUGUGAGUCAUCCUGGCCAAAGCUUAGUCCCAGCAUAUGCACCUGAGCCAAUCUGGCCAAUCAGAUUGUUUGGUCAAUAAUUUGAAAUUUGAAAUGGAGAGAUCAGAACCCUGGGAGUCACUGAAGCCAAGUCAUUCAUGGCAGCCAGGAAACAAAGUAAUCAACAGCCUCUGCCUGCUGUUGUUGCAAUUCCCAGGAUCUCUCCUUCCCUGAAUACCUCCUUCCCAGGUCGGCUGUGCAGUUCCUCCCCCUGCCUUCAAACACCCCACUAUCUCUGUAAA